AUGGCAUUACCUCCUGGAUACACUCCAAAAGACGGUACAAUUCUCCCUCAAAAUCCUGUCUGUAAACUGAACAAGUGUUUAUAUGGUCUUAAACAAGCGUCAAGGCAGUGGUUCCUCAAGUUUAGUGCGACAUUACUUUCUCUUGAAUUUCAAUCAUCUCACUCUGAUCAUACUUUAUUCAUAAGGAAUGUGAAUGGAACGUAUGUGGCUGUUUUAGUCUAUGUGGACGACAUUGUUAUUGCAAGCAAUGAUGAUGAUGCUGUAGAUCAACUAAAGGAAGAUCUAAAGAAGAGCUUCAAGCUGCGAGAUCUUGGACCUCUCCGAUACUUUCUUGGUCUAGAGAUAGCAAGAGCAAGUCAGGGGAUCUCUGUUUGUCAAAGAAAAUCUAUUCUGGAACUUCUUGAUGAAACUGGUCUUCUUGCUUGUAAACCGUCCACGAUACCAAUGGAUCUAAGCAUCAAACUGUGUACUGACAGUGGGGAACCUAUACUGAGUGAUCCUGGAUUAUAUCGGAGAUUGGUUGGGAAGAUGAUGUAUUUGACAAUAACACGUCCGGAUAUCACCUUUGCGGUCAACAAGUUAUGUCAAUUCACUUCGGUUCCAACACAAACUCACCUUAAAGCGGCGUACAAGGUACUACACUAUCUCAAGGCCACCAUUGGAAAGGGAUUAUUCUAUAGCUCUGCAUCAGACUUGAUUCUCAAAGCUUUUACCGAUGCUGAUUGGGGUUCUUGCAAAGAUACUAGACGAUCAACCUCUGGUUACUGUCUCUUUCUUGGACCUUCUUUGAUAGCAUGGAAAUCUAAGAAACAGACUACUGUUUCACAUUCUUCUGCAGAGUCAGAAUAUCGAGCGAUGGAGCUUGCUGUUUGA